UCUUCUACUUCUUCCUCCUCGGUCAUCCCAUAUUCCCAUGCAGCCAUCUUGGUUCUCGGAUAGUUCCGGCCGCCCUUCUAGCCUAUAUAAGGCACCACGGAGGCCGAUGGACCAUCUCCACCGGCCGGACACCACUUCUCCUCCUCCUCCAUCAUCAUCACGAUCCCGGCCGGCCGCCCUGACGGCUACCCCAAUAACUCACCAUCACCAACCGACCUCCCUUCCCUCGCUCUCGAGACCAACUUGCGUUGCGUUCAUCCAUAUCGAGCACCGCCGCCGCCACUACUACUACUACAACAUCUAGACCGCCCAUCAGCUAGCCGCCCGGUCGCCAUGGCCAAGAAGAAGCUCCUCCUCCUCGCGCACAAGCUCCUCUCCGCCAUGCUUUCCCUCCUCUUCCACACCGUCCGGAAGAGCAGUAACAAGCAGCAGCAGACUCCCAUCUCCACGUCCCCUGCCGCGCCGCCGCCACCAGACGACGGCGCCAACUCGCGCCACCCACCGCCGGUGGUGCACCGUGGCCCUCUGCCACCCGCCCAGCGCGCCUCCACCCUCGUCGUCGACGUCGACGCCGCGCUGCUGCUGCGUUCCGGCGGGGGCGACGGCCUCUUCCCCUACUUCAUGCUCGUCGCGCUGGAGGCCGGCGGCUUCCUGCGCGGCUUCGUCCUGCUCCUCCUCUACCCUCUCCUCCUCCUGAUCGGCCUUCGCAGCGGCGCCGCCGCCGCCGUCAGGGCCAUGGCGGUCGUGAGCUUCUGCGGCCUCCGCGCGGGCGGGCGGUUCCGCGCCGGCCGCGCCGUGCUGCCCAAGUGGCUCAUGGAGGACCUCGCGGCCGAGGCGUUCGACGCGCUGCGCGCCGCCGCCGGCGAGGGGAGGGCGGCCGUGGUGGUGUGCGUCACGGCGAUGCCCAGGGUCAUGGUGGAGGGCUUCCUCAGGGAGUACCUCGGCGUCGAGGCCGUCGUCGUCGCGCCGGAGAUGAAGGUGAUCUGGGGGUUCUACACCGGACUCAUGGAGGAUGCUGCCGACCACAAGGUGGCGGCGGCGGCGGCGGAGGGGAAGGAGGUCGUGGGGUUUGCUGGGUCGCCGGACUUCCUCCAGCAUCCUCUCGCACGUUGCUGCAAGGAGAUCUUCUUGGUGAGCUCCGACGAGAAGUGCCGGUGGCGGCCGCUGCCGCGGGACAAGUACCCGAAGCCGAUGGUGUUCCACGACGGCCGCCUCGCGUUCCGCCCGACCGCCGCCGACACGCUGGCCAUGUUCGCGUGGCUGCCCCUGGGCGCCGCCCUGGGCGCGGCGCGCCUCGCCGUCGCGCUCGCCGCGCCGUACCGCUACUCCACCCCGCUCCUCGCCGCCACCGGCAUGUCGUGGCGGCUCAAGGGCGGCCGCCCGGCGCUCCCCGUCGGCGGCCGCGGGCAGCUCUUCGUCUGCAACCACCGCACGCUCAUCGACCCCGUCUACGUCUCGGUGGCGCUGGACCGGCAGGUGCGCGCCGUCUCCUACAGCCUCAGCCGCCUGUCGGAGCUCAUCUCGCCGAUCGGCCGCACGGUGCGGCUGACGCGGGACCGGGCCAGCGACGGCGCCGCCAUGGCGCGGCUGCUGGACGGCGGCGACCUCGUCGUCGUCUGCCCCGAGGGCACCACCUGCCGGGAGCCCUACCUGCUGCGCUUCAGCCCGCUGUUCGCCGAGCUCAGCGACGACGUCGUCCCCGUCGGCAUCGCCGUCGAGACCUCCAUGUUCUACGCCACCACGGCGGGGGGGCUCAAGUGCUUCGACCCGCUCUACUACAUGGUGAACCCCAGGAUGUGCUACACCGUGCAGUUCCUCGACAAGGUGGACACGUCGCCGGCGAGGAGCGGGGCGGCGCCCAGCACCGACAUGGCCAACCUCGUGCAGAGGAGGAUGGGGGACGCGCUCGGCUACGGCUGCACCAUGCUCACCAGGAAGGACAAGUACCUCAUGCUCGCCGGCAACGACGGCGUCGUCAGAUCAACGGACGACAAGUCCGCCGCCGCCGGUGGCGGAGCAGCUGCUACGGCAGGGAAGAAGAAAGACAAGAGUACAGAAAAGGAAAACUAAAUGUCAACCUUACUGUUGGUUCUAAAAAAGCAACCAAAGUCAUGUGGAAAAUGAGAUGAAUAGUUCUUGACUUUUGGUGUUUUUCAGACAUGGAAGUUUGUUUGGCCGGUUCAUUUCAUUCUGCUCUUUGCUUCUCUUUAGUUAAUUUUAUUUAUUUAUUUAUUAGGUUUAUUUGUACGGAUCUUUGAUUUUAUUUACUAUGUAUUUGUAAAGAAAACUACAGUGUGAAUUAAAUAUAUAGUGCAGUGGCGAUUUGUACUAUUCUCAUCA